AUGCUCGAUCGUCUACUCCCCAACCUGCUCAGUGUUAUCGUUCUCUUCGUUACCUCUAUCUCGUUCCUUCCGCAGCUUACCCACAUAUGGACGAAAAAGACAUCUUCGGGAAUUUCCCUAUACUAUGUCCUCUUUAAUCUCAUAUCUGCGACUGAGCAGCUCGCAGUUUGCAUCGGCCUGUUUGUCACACCAGACAAGCCAGACCUUUUCCUUCACCGACCCAUCAUUGUCACCGAUUGGCUGAACUUAUGCCAAGUCAUUGUCUUAUGGAUCCUGUUCUUGGUAUAUUUCGCAUCAUGCCUCCGAUUCGCUCCAGAAAAUCAUAAUGGGCGGAAUAAACAUGUCAUUGGCAUUUAUAUCUCUUUCCUUCUCAUCUCACUGGUGCCUGUCUUUUUCUUUGCAGCUUGCCUUAUAAAGGGUGCAACAACGAACAAGGAACCUCUCCGAUGGCUCACCGCGCUAUUUCUUGGCUUCCAUAGCCUUUACGCUACCUAUAUUGUCGCUCUUCUCACAUUUGCCGCAAUAUACUACCAAGCACGGGAAAUAUCCUCGCACCUCGCACCACCGCCCGGGCUGAGCGUUGCCGGACUUGCUGUCCAGUUCAUGGUGUUCUGUCUUGUUUCUGUCUCGUGGGUAUUUAGAGUCUCCUUUCCUUACGAUGAGAUUGCACUGCAUCGAAUCUCGCUGCAGGCUUUGGCAACCUGGUUCACCACGGUUGGGUGGGUGGUGGUAUAUAAUGGUGUCUACGGUCUUGGUCAAGGGCUUUUGUUCUGGUUGGUUAUGAGACAGGGUUCUAGGGCGUGGGCUUCAAAUGAAGGGGAGACCCGGCCUUUGCUUAGAUGA